AUGAGGAGAGAUCAGAGAAGUCCAAAACAGGAUCCAAUUUUGAGUUCUCAAUAUGUUGUAUGCGAGGGAAGGUACAACUGUCGUUUUGAAGCACUUGAUCGGACGCUCAGGAAUCUUAUGUCAGUUACCGAUCAACAUAAGACACAUCAACCAUUUGGUGGUAAGAUUGUUGUUCUAGGAGGUGAUUUCAGACAGAUACUUCCGGUGAUUCCGAAAGAAAGUAGACACGAUAUAUUAGCAUCCGCUAUUAACUCAUCCCAUCUGUGGUCAUUUUGCAAGGUUCUGAAACUGCAUACGAAUAUGAGGCUUCUAAUGUCUUCUUCGGAUCAAGAUGAAGGUGAAAUGAAGAUAUUUGCUAAUUGGAUACUUGAUGUUGGAAAUAGAAAUAUUGGCUCUGUUGUUGGUGAUGAAUUAGAAGUUGAAAUUCUAGAUGAUCUAUUGAUUACAACUACUGAUGAUCCACUCUCUCAUUUGGUAGACUUUGCAUAUCCAAAUUUGUUGCAAAACAUGUCAGAUUACAGGUAUUUUCAGAGAGUCGCUGUAAUGCUACUGCGAAACAUAGACCAGACUUCAGGUUUAUGCAACGAGACAAGAUUAAUAGUUAACAAACUUGGCAACAACGUAAUUGGAGCGACGGUAGUGACCGGUAGAAAUAUUGGAGAUAAAGUGUACAUUCCAAGAAUGAACUUGAUCCCUUCAGAUUCAGGAUUGCCAUUUAAGUUCCAACGGAGACAAUUUUCAUUAACAGUAUGCUUUGCAAUGACCAUUAACAUGAGUCAGGGUCAAUCAUUAUCACAUGUACGGCUUUAUUUGCCAAAAUCAGUGUUCACCCAUGAACAACUUUAUGUUGCUUUGUCAAGAGUUAAGAGUCACAGUGGCCUCAGGGUUUUAAUUCUAAAUGAAGACGGUAAUCCAAAGUUAUCAACAACAAAUAUCGUGUUCAAAGAGGUUUUUAAUAAUAUUUAG